ACUGGCUGCCUGCUGGCCCUGCCUGCCCUGCCCUGCGCAGGAGCAGGGCUGGGAGCCUGCCACACGCGAAGGAACGGGAAUGAAGGGACGGCUCCCGGCUGCAUCACGGCAGACAGGUUGAGCCUUGGAGGUGGAUCUUGAGAGGCGGUUCAACUGCCUCACCCUCCUUGGGACCCUCCUCGGGACCCUCCUCGGGACCCUCUGCCUGGCACCAGGCAGUGACUUCUCAGAGUGACUUCUAAGGAGGAAGAUGGCUGGCCAAGGGCUGGUGCACACAGUGCUGCUCCUGCUGGGUCCGCUCCUCCUGGUUCAAGGUGUCCAUGGUGGGGGCUUCCGGGAAGACUUCCGCUUCUGCGGCCAGCGGAACCAGACGCAGAAGAGUGCCCUCCAUUACAAUCAGUCGACAGAGCUGCACAUCUCCAUCGAGAACUCCGAGGCGGCCCUCACAGUCCACGCCCCCUUCCCUGCAGCCUCCCCAGCUUCCCAAGCCUUCCCGGGCCCCCGGGGCCUCUACCAUUUCUGCCUCUACUGGAACCGCCAUGCUGGGAAAUUGCACCUUCGCUACGGCAAGAACGACUUCUUGCUGAGUGACCAAGCCUCUGACCUCCUGUGCUUCUGGAACCAGCAAGAGAGCCUGGCCCAGGGCCCCCGGAUGCUGGCCACCUCUGUCAAGUCCUGGUGGAGCCCCCAGAACACCAGCCUGCCCAGUGCGGCCGGCUUCACCUUCUCCUUCCACAGUCCUCCCCAGAAGGCCUCCCACAAUGUCUCCUUGGUGCACAUGUGCGAGCUGAAACGGGACCUCCAGCUGCUCAGCCAGUUCCUGAAGACUCCCAGGAAGAACUCCAGGAGGCCCUCGGCCGCCCACGCUGGCCAGCAGCUGCAGAACCUGGAGUCAAAGCUGACCACCUUGAGGUUCACAGGGGACGCCAUGUCCUUCAAGGAAGAUCGGGUCAACGCCACUGUGUGGAAGCUCCAGCCCACAGCCGGCCUCCAGGACCUGUACAUCCACUCUGGGAAGGAGGAGGAGCAGAGUGAGAUCCUGGAGUACUCGGUGCUGCUGCCCCGCAUGCUUUUCCAGAAGACUAAAGGCCGGCGGGACGAGGCUGCCAAGAGACUCCUCCUGGUGGACUUCAGCAGCCAAGCCCUGUUCCAGGACAAGAAUUCUAGCCAAGUGCUGGGCGAGAAGGUCUUGGGUAUUGUCGUGCCCAAGACCGAAGUGGCUAACCUCUCGGAGCCCGUGGUGCUCACCUUCCAGCACCAGCCGCAGCCGAAGAACGUGACUCUCCAGUGUGUAUUCUGGGUUGAAGAUCCGGCAUUGAGUGGCCCAGGGAGCUGGAGCAGCGCCGGGUGUGAGACCGUCCGCAGAGAAACGCAGACCUCCUGCCUCUGCAACCACCUGACCUACUUUGCAGUCCUGAUGGUGGCCUCCAUGGAGGUGGACGCCGUGCACAAGCACUACCUGACCCUCCUCUCCUACGUGGGCUGUGUCAUCUCUGCCCUGGCCUGUGUCCUCGCCAUUGCCGCCUACCUCUGCUCCAGGAGGAAGACUCGGGAUUACACCAUCAAGGUGCACAUGAACCUGCUGCUGGCUGUCUUCCUGCUGGAUGUGAGCUUCCUGCUCAGCGAGCCGGUCGCGCUGACAGGCUCCGAGGCCGGCUGCCGCGCCAGCGCCAUCUUCCUGCACUUCUCCCUGCUCGCCUGCCUCUCCUGGAUGGGCCUUGAGGGCUACAACCUCUACCGCCUUGUGGUUGAAGUCUUUGGGACCUACGUCCCUGGCUACCUGCUCAAGCUGAGCAUCGUGGGCUGGGGCUUCCCCAUCUUCCUGGUGACGUUGGUGGCACUGGUGGACAUUAACAACUAUGGCUCCAUCAUCCUUUCUGUGCACAAGACUCCAGAGAGCGUCAUCUACCCUUCCAUGUGCUGGAUCCGGGACUCCCUGGUCAGCCACAUCACCAACCUGGGCCUCUUCAGCCUCGUGUUUCUGUUCAACACGGCCAUGCUGGCCACCAUGGUGGUGCAGAUCCUGCGGCUGCGUCCGCACACCGAGAAGUGGCCCCACGUGCUGACCCUGCUCGGCCUCAGCCUGGUCCUCGGCCUGCCCUGGGCCUUGAUCUUCUUCUCCUUUGCUUCCGGCACCUUCCAGCUCGUUGUCCUCUACUUCUUCAGCAUCAUCACCUCCUUCCAAGGCUUCCUCAUCUUCCUCUGGUACUGGUCCAUGCGGCUGCAGGCCCAGGGCGGGCCCACCCCUCUGAAGAGCAACUCAGACAGCACCAGGCUCCCCAUCACCUCGGGCAGCACCUCGUCCAGCUGCAUCUAGGCCGGCAGCCAUCCACCCGGUGCGAGGGAGCAGAGAGGCGGCCUCUCCCCGCCAUCGCUCGCGGCCCCUGCAGCUGGGCCUCGCUGCUGGCAGGUCAGCCGGAGACUUGAGAAGGCCCCAGGACCUCAGAGGGUUGGGGCUGUUGCCACAGCGGCCGGACUCCCAGGCUGGGCCUUAUGAAUUGGGCCGCAAAUCACUCGACGCUCAGUUCAGCUCACAAGGGGCUUUGGAGUGGCGGGACCUUUUUCCUGGUCACCCUAACCUGAGGCUGAAGGCCGGUUGUCACUUAGCGGCGCUGGGCUUAGCCCUCGUGGCUGGGGGCUAGGAGCCCGCAGGCCUCGGAGUCUGGUCGUGGACCUGGGAGACCCGGCAGCACCUCUGGUUCUGCGCCCUCACCCGGAACAGAAAUGUGCCAUAGCUAUGCUGUUUCUGGUGACCACCGUGAGCGUACUUUGCAGCCACUGUCAUUUUAACCCAAGGGUGGCACUCAGGGCAAAAGGGGUUGGGGCCGAGCUUCAGACCGCUGGAGAAGGAGAGCCCCCCGCCCCACAGCACAGAGCAGCGGCUGUCCUGCCUCUGAGCCCAGCCCACCCCCUCCCCUCUGCUCUCCCAGCCCGGGGUCGCCUAUUCCAAUGGUGUAUUUUGGGUCAUAGUUCCCAAGAACUGCCUGGUGCCUGCUGUAAACCUUUCCCUACUGUACGGGCCUUUGCCGGCCCCUGACUCAGGCUUCGUAUAUGUGUUCCGGGCUAGGUCCAUUUGUCCAUCUGGGCCUCUCUACAAGCUGCAUCACCCUUGCUCACCACUGCCAAGCCCGUACCUCUCAGGGGACCUCAGCCUCUCCCAUAGGCCUUUGGUAGCAACAACCGGGGAGCAUGGCAGACUAAGUUUGUUUCCACCCCAGCACUCUGGAGACUGAGACAUAGCUCCCCUGGCUCAGAGCCCACCACAGUGAAUUCUGAACGCAGAUGGCCAGGCCUGGUCACUCCCACUGCGAACUGUCAGUCUAGUGUGUGAGGCAUGUGCAAGACAAGACCUCUUGGAGCUGCAGCCAUUGGGUUGGGGGCACCAUAUGCCUGGCUGGGAAUCCAGGAAGACUUCCUGCAAGAGGCAGUAUUUGAUCUAGAUCUCAGCCUUAAAGAUGGGGAGGAUUUUCUUUUUUAAUUACUAAUUCUUUUGUCUUUGGUAUUAAAAAUAAGUACGUGUUCUUUGUAGAGAAUUUGGCAACUGUAGAAGAGUGUAAAGAAGAAAAUAAAAAUUAGCUGUUGUCAUCACUGAACCAAUGUAACUAUUUUGAAGGGUUGCCUUCUCAGUCUUUUCUGCUCCUAUUGCUGGUCCGUAAUUAGGAAACAUGAAUGAGAGUAGAGGACCAUGUGUGAAAAAAAAUCUACAAGGGGGAGGAUAACAGGCUACUUGGUGGG